AUGGUUCCGACAGUUCUGGUGUUCAAUGUUUUGCGUAGACAGGGUUCAUGGCUUUUCUCCUGUGUUACUACAUGGGCUCUCUUCUGCGGCGCAACACUUGCACAAAGCAAGACCAAUUCUAACGCAAACCCUUGGGUGCUGGAUUACAAGUCAGAAGCUGGUCCCAAUGGGCCAUGGAAUGCAGUCACACAACUGGUGGAUUUUCCAGAGCAACGGACAGGCAUGUGGACGCAAACUCCUGCGCAUUCACUCUCCAAUUGGGUAAACAUCUCUAUACCAGACGCUUCGAAAUGGGAUGUAGCGGCAGAUCCUCUAGCACUUAAGGGAUCUGGUACGCUCACCAAAGAUCGUAUUGUCUUGUGGUCAGCGGAUCGCACACAAGGGCCAAACUAUGUGGACGGAUCGGCUAUCUCCAUAGCGUCCAACUAUACCGUUACCGAUUCCGUGGACACGUCCUAUACACUGGAUGUUGGCAUGUUGUCGUUGCAUACUGGACUGGACACGAUCAAUUGGACCACUGGCAAUGGCUCGGAUGUCUCAUACGGUCGAUUCAUCAAUCGUGCUUAUCAGACUGGGAGCAUACCAUCAGUCUCUUUCGGCCUCCAUGUGGGCUCUGUUUGGCCUCCGAUCCCGGGUAGUCUCGUGCUAGGUGGUUAUGAUAGGUCAAGGUGCAUCAGCACACCUAUCGUCUCGAACACCAACGAAUUCUCGCUCGCUGAGCUUAGCCUAGAAGUCACCUCGGGAGGAUGGCCUUUCUUGAACGCCACGAAGGUCGAUCCCGAUUAUCUUUUGCGUAGCGAUGAUGCUAGCACAAACGACAACGACGCUUUGACAGUGAUGCCGAACCCCGGUGUGCCAUACAUGUACUUACCAAAAGAUACUUGCUCCACGAUAGCAACAUUCCUUCCAGUGACCUUCGACCAAAGCCUUGGACAUUACAUCUGGAACACGACGAAGCCAGCUUUCAAGAAAAUCAUGUCGUCACCAUCAGCAUUGAAAUUUGCGUUUCGUACAGACUCAGGGAUCGAAAACAUCUCAGUACCUUUCGCACUCCUGAACCUCACUUUAGACUAUCCUCUCGUUAGCACACCGACACAGUACUUUCCAUGUGCUCCUUACACACCUUCAAAUGGUGCGCCGUACCACCUUGGGCGCGCUUUCCUGCAAGCAGCUUUCUUGGGACAGCACGGUCAGGCACAAAAGACCUUCUUGGCUCAAGCUCCAGGACCGGGUGCGAAGGCUGAGGCCAUUACAAAUCUUGCCUCGACCGACACGACAUUGACGGCUAUGGCAAAUCCACCAUACUGGAAUGCGACGUGGUCUGAUCAGUUGAAGGCACUCCCUAAUAAUAAUGGCACGGCAUCCGACACCAUGGCAGGCGGUGAUGACGCCCCGGCGAGCCCGCUGCCCCCGAGGCGGCCUCCUCUCGGCCACCGACACUCGAGCACGUCGUCGCAUGUAUCCCAGUCUCCGAGCGACUCGACCACCAAGGCUCACCACAAAUCCGCACACCACAAGCCCCAGCGACAUGUCGUCAGCCAUCACAACCGCAUGGGCUCGCGCAACCCCAGCUUCCACCGUUCUUUGAGCAAGAUCAAGAUCCAACAGCACGAUUCACGUCAGCACGACGACGACGAGCCUCCGACGCCAAAAGCGAAACAGCAGGCCUCGGUAGCCUCUCAAUCUACCCUCGUACCCCCGAGCCCGGCCAGGCCCAACAUGAAGCGCAACAACACAUCUGUCCACCUCCCACGAAACCACUCACACGCCGGCCUCAAGAAAAACCUCUCCAGUGGCCAAUUGUCUCGUCUUACCGCUGCGAAAACUACUGCACAUGGCCGCACUACCAGCCAGCAUCAACGACCUGAUAUCCGCCGCGCUCACACACAACCAUACAAGCGGUCCAAAAGUCCCGCGCCGAAAGCUUCGCAGGUGGCAUUUGACGUUGGGGACGACGACGACGAUGACGAUGAUGGUGAAGAGAUGGAAGGUGUCGACGACCAAUGGACAGAAGAGAGCGCCUCGGCGUCACCGAACACCACACGCGACAAUACACGAAACAACACUCGCCAGAACUCGGUCGUCCUAGAUCCCAAGCUGAAUCCCUACGCCCGUCAGCUCGCAGAGGAAGAAGCUGCUGCCGAUUCUUCAGGGAGCGACACGGUUGGCUCGCGUAGUCCGCCCAAACCCUCCAAAGCUCCUGUUUCCCUCACCAUUCGUACCAAGGACUUUGCUGCUCCUCAAGCUACUCCUACUUCUGCACCGCAACAACAAUUACAACAAAAGCAACCACCGACUUCAUCAUAUAAUGCUCAGGUCGCCCAGCAGCACAUGCCUGAUGCUGACGCUAUCGCACGUCGUCUACUCGAAAGAAACUCGGCCUUGAAUGCAGCUCCACCGAGGGUCUCGUCUGUCUCCGCUCUGGCAAACCCAAGUCCCGCCGAUCCGAAGAGCUUGUUGAGCUUGAAUGCUGGACAAUCUGUUACAGGCGGUUCAAACACACCACUCGUCUCGCGUUUCAUCUCGAACGAUGGCAUCAACAGUAAGGAUGGAACGCCAGCCGACCAGUCGGAUUUCCUACAGGGUCCCAAAGGCCACUCUCGCACCAUAUCGCAAGCCCAGACGCGCAAAGAACAAUCAGACCUAUACCGCAAUCAAUCUACUCCCAACUUUGCUUCUCAGAAACAGCCACCGACCCCGUCAGGCUCGGGUGCAGUCACGCCAGACCCAGCUUUGAACCAAAGCAGAACACAACAGAAACUAUGGCUACAACGCGGACUCUCCAAUAUCGAGGCCAGUUCACAGCCCCACCUACCCGGUCUGUUGCCCACAGGCCGUGCCCAAGCCAUGCGCACCCCGCACGCCGGCAAGCAGUUUGAGUUUGUCGACAAGGAAUGGGCCGUCGUACGUCGCUUCCAAAACCCUCUUGAUGCAGGUCUCGAACGACUGCGGAAAAUGAACGGAGGCUCUUUACCCGGGAAACCAAACAAGUCAAAAGCAGGCGCAGCGCAACAACAUUCGAAUGGCGGCGUCAAUGGGCAUCGGAGGGGACCUUCCAAUGCAGCCUCUAUCGCUAGUAAGAAGAGCGAUGCCACUGUUGUCGCAGAGCCGACAGCAGGGAGAAAAUCUCGCGUCAGCUUUCACAUGGGCGAAGCUGAAGGCGACAACGACGAUGACGAGCAAGACGAGCACAACUCACGUUCUGACCGCGAAACCCCUGCAGACAUUGCUCGCAGGUUAUGGGAUUCACCCAUUGGUAUACAAGUAGAGGGGUAG